UUUGUCUGUGCGGCGGAUUGCUGUGUAUGUAGUCCCUUAAGUGUCCUAGUUGUGCCUGGUGAAGCCUGGAGAGUGCUACGUACCUUACACAUCGCUGGGAACAAGACGAGGAGCUGGAGGAUCAACAAGACGAAGGAAAAUCAAAGGAUAUGGCCGAGAGAGAAGAUACUCAGGGUUGACUACUGCCGGCCGCCACUUGUGCUGGUCGUGACCUUGGCCGCUGCUGGAAGUUGCUGGAGCACACAAGACCAUGCUUCCAAGUCCCUUACCCAGCCACUUGAGAAGAUGGCCGCGCAGACUCACACCCAGACACACACUCAGCCCCAGCACCAUCAGCACCACACUUACACCCUCGCUCAGCUACACACACAGCCCCUAAUCCACCCAAAACAUCAGCUUUAUACGUUUGCUCUCUCCCAAUCUUUUACUCAGCCCCUCAUUCAGUCCCUUACACAGCAGCAACAUGAGUUUCAAAGCUAUAGUUCCGUCCAGUCCCAAACAUUGCUCGAUAUUCAGUCCCAUGCCCAAACUGAACUCAGUCCCGAAUUUCCGCUACAAACCCAGUACCACACAGAACUACUAAAGUCCUCUACUCAGCCCCUGAACUAUUACCACUUAGAAAUACAAGAACACCCUAAACUUCAGUCCCAAACCCAGUACCACCCCCCGUUUCAAUCCGAAUCCAGCUCCCAGUCCCACAUUAAGUCACAAAACGAGCAAAAUCUUCAACCCCACCUUCAUUCAGAGCAUCAGUCCCCGCGUCAGGCCUCCUUCCAGCCUCUGCUUCAGUCCUCCCUGCAGGCUCACCCCAUAUGCGGUAGCGACACUCUCUGGGUGGAGGUGACCAACACGUUCAUGGUACCCUCCGUGACGCACCAUACCGUGACCUCCUCGCACCUUACCACUGUCACCGCCUUCCUCACCCGUACCGUGCUGAAGCCCUCGACCGUCACGCACACAGUCAUCUCCACACUCAGCCUGCAAUACGCCGUCAAGAUAGAUACCAAGUACAUCACCUCCACCCACUACAUCCCCACCACGGAGGUUCUGCACAUCACCCAGUUUGACACCUCCACCACAUCUCUGUUCCUAACGGAAGUGGUGCUGGACACUACCUACGUCACGCACACCAGAACAAAGGCACACUACACCUCCCUCAUCCAGACGGUCACCGAGACACUCACUAACGCCACAACAACCUGGCGCACCUCCACCGCCUUCUUCAGCGUGACAAAGACAAACACUUCCAACAAGUAUGUGACAGAGACGAUGACGGGUCGUUACUUAGUGACUCACACGCUGACGGAGACAAGCUACGAUCAGGCUUGGGUCGUUAUGUCUGUCACCAGCACCCGUCACGCCGUCUCUUGCUACUGGGGCUGACUUACCUAUGCUGCCUCGUUUACUUAUCUAUGGCUUUUCAUUGUUUGUCGCUGAGUCUGUCCGUUCAUUUGCUUCUCGUCGGUGUUUAUAAUUUCAUUUUAAGCUGUCUUUCGGUUUGUCCUGUUUGACUAUCUAUCUCUGUCUUCCUGUUCCUGUUUGUCUGUUUUGGAUUUUCACUGCUUAUUUAUCUGUCACUGUUUCUUUCCGUCUGUAUCCUCCUGUUGUUGAGACUUUCUGGUCCUGUUUGUUUGUCACUGUGUUUCUGCGACUUUAUUUGUCUUUCUGUCUUCCCGUCCCUUUUUUGUUUACCACUGUCCAUCCUCCCCUUGUUUACUUGUCGCUGUAUCAUUCUGCUAUUUUGCUUGACGGUCUGUUCUUCGGCCUCUCUCUUUCGACCUCUCACUUUUUGUUAGUUUUUCGUCUUUGCUCAUCACUGUUCCCCUUACCGAAGAAAGAUUUUUGUAUACAUUUCGUUGCUUUCAUAUAACAAACACAGGAGGAAUAGAUCGGAAGCAUAAUUUAUCUUUCUUUUAUUUUUCUUCUUUAGGUGAGCUUGUGAUGUAAAAUACGAGACAAAUGUACAAUCUCAUGUCGUAAAUUCUGUAUCUGUGUCGUCAGAGAACAAUGUAAUAAAAGACAAUGACGAGGUGAUUUGAGACGCAUCUCGCCGUCAUUCUUCUCUUAGACAACAAGAGUAUAAAGUUCAUUCACUCUU